AUCUCCGGAAGUGGUAAACAGAAAGAAAAAGAGGGGAGCUCGUUUAGAAACGUCGUAACGGGACAGAAGCUCACUUCUCCAACGUCUCUUCUGAUUUCGAAGUUUCGUCCAUCGUUCUCCGGAAGUAGGAAACGGAGAAGUGGAGGAAAGGAAGUUGAUUCAGAAACUUAGGAAGAGUGGAGGGGGAAUGGGUUCGGAGACGUACAGCGUCAGCCUUUCUUUUUCUCACGCAAUCGUUCCUCAUCAGCAAUUAACCCUCUCAGCCAAGAGCAAUUGCGAACUGUUUCGUUUCGAACACGUGGCGUGGUUCGCACUGUCGAGUGGUCUCAUUAAUCUUGCAUCGAGUUUUCUGGAAGUUUCGAAAGGGGCGGGCGACGAGAGAUCAAUCGCGGCACGACCUAACCAUCCUGAAUAUUUAAUCGGCCUGUCGAGAGCUCUGAUUCCCUUUCGAACGAAUUAUUUAACGACACCCUGUUUUUAUACCCUCUCUGCCUCCCUCGUUUGUCGUUGUUCUUUCUUUUAUCAAAAACUCGGUGCACCGCCGCCAGGUUCAUACUUCUCCCGCUGCUUGGUCAGACAGGCCGACCAUAGACAGGGUAUAAGCUACUGUCUAUAGACGGUCUGUAGGCACCAACAACAAGAGAGCAGCCGAAGAAGUUGAACGAGCAACGAUGUCGUGACUGGUAUAUUAUAUCUUGCACAAUACUUUGCCCAACGAUUUCAGGGGGAUUGUCUAGUUUUCAGGGAGCUCUUGUUUCGCUAAUAGAAAUCAUCGAGACGCAGUUGUAAUUCACGUUUGUCGAGGAACUUUCUAAAAUCAUCAGCAGAGAAAUAUAUCAUGCCUCUUUUUAACUGAUCUUUCCUGUUUCUAAGUAAAUUGUGAGUAAAUACAUUAACACGUAAGUAAAUUAACACGUAGUAAAACUACUUCCGGAAUGUUCUUCAAACGUGAUACGAGUUACUUGAGAUUAUUUUUUUGUACGAGUUGGUUUUCUUUUUCUCGGCGAAUUGGUAGUUUCCAUCGGUUUACUAUUGUCCCCGUACGAUCGUUCGGGGACGUGAUGUAAAUUAUCGGUCGAGAUUAUUUUACGGCGAGUAGGUUCGUCUUUUUAAAAUAGAUUCUUCUCCGCGAGUUUUUAGACGGUUCUCUUCGUUUCUUCUCUGACUUAGCUGGCAAAAGUUUACAGGAAGCGAGCGCUAAUGAAAGCAGAUGGUCGAUGAACGAGCACGGUUCGCUGCGAGCAGAAGUUUUUUCAAUGAUAUUGUCUGGAAAGUUUGUUACGUGACAGCGGAUGGAAAUUUGUUUUCAUUGAUCAAGGAAUCCAGUGAGCUUUUAAUCCAACUCGAACUUCUUUACUGUUUGGUAGCACGCUAUUUGAUAGGAAUUGUUCUUAAAUUAGUAACAAGUAUUUUCAUUCGAGCAAAGUUAAAAGAUGUGUAUUUUAAUUUUAGUAGUUGACAAGCAGAGUUUAAUCUCAUGUUUUUAAAUAGCAGGGGAAAUCAUUAAUCUUAUCGAGACGUCUCACAAAAAUUUUCAUUACGAUACUACCAGCUUCUCGAUAGUUCAAUUAAAAAAUCCCGAUAGCAUUUAUUUAUAAUCGAAACGACUGCGGUUGCUUUUUAUCGUUCGACUGUUUAUUCGAUUCGCUAUUGAUAAUCGCUCGAAGAGCGAUCACUUGGAAGAGCUACUUUAUCACAGAUAGAGCUUUUGCUCCUGAUAGAGAGUGGAAAAGGAUAAUCUAGACCGAUUAUGAUAUUUUCAAUUUAGUACCGCGAUGAACGUUUUUCCGCGAACACGUGUCCCAACGACGCCAUAAAUCACAAGUCCUGCGUGUUGCACAAUAAUCUUUCCUACGGCACGGCCAGUAUAUAUUCUACAAUUAACGAAAUGUAAAUUGGAACGAUCGGCUAAUUAAACUCAAUUUUCUGAACAUGAACCGUUACGAAUCGAACCAACGACCCGACUCACGUGGACGAUUAAUUACGUGAACGUAAUUGUUAUUUAUCAGUGCGGAUUGAUUGAAUAGAUCGUUUGUGAAUCGUUCGUGUCAACUAAUGAUUUUCCAUCAUACUAGCACCGAUGAACGAGCUAGAAGCAAAUAACAGGCGAUCGACGCAGAUCCCGAUCUACGUUUGUCGAUCGAACGACGUCUAUCAGGCUCCUACGUGGUACAGUUGGAUUUUCCAAAUAGCAUGCAGCCCCUUUCGAAAGAAAUGGGACGCGAAUAAAAACGAAAUACCUCAGUUGCCUGCACAGAGAGGACCGCAAAAUAUUGAAGCUCAUCCGUUGACGAACAGUGUUCCUAGUCUCGUAAAAAUAUUACUGGUCUUCCCCAAAGAUGACCAACAAAUGGACAUUCUCGCCAACACGUCGAGACGAUUGGGCUGGAGCGUGUCGGCGGCGAAGGACAUGGAAAAAGCGGUGGAAUCCUUCCAGGAUCGAGGUCACGAGCUAGUGAUCAUCGAUUAUCGGGGGCAACGCUCUGCGGAGGCCGACAUGAUUUGUAGGGCGAUCAGAUCUAGUCCCGUUUACCAUAAUUCCGUUAUUAUAGCACUUGUAAAGAAAUCGUUCCUGAUGCACGGCGAGAAAGAUAAAAUCGUGAUGCUGGAUUUACUGGAAACAGGAUUCAGCAGAGCUUUAAUGGAGUGUUCACACGAGAGGAUCCUAAUAAACGAACUAGUAGGGAUUUAUGCUAGCGCUCUGGUACCAAGAACGCAACUGGCGGCUGCCAAUGCGCUCUACUUGGCACUUGACAGAUGCCGUGACAUGGUUCACGUGACGAACGAUAAACACAUUGUACAGUUUGUUAAUAAAAUUAGCGAGAAAUUACUAGGUUAUAAGACAAGCGAAAUCUUGGGGAAAAGCAUCACGGACAUAGUGAUCUACGAUAACUUCAUUCUAAUGGAGCAACACAUAAGCAAAGGCCGGGAGUUCGAAGGGAACAUGAACUGUAAACGAAAGGACAAUCAAACGAUCACGAUCAGCUGCAGAGUGAUACCUUACAGUAUUAGCUUAAAAAAACCGAAUUAUUAUAUUUACAUAUACGAUACCACGUAUUUAUCAGAGAAUAUUGAACUGUUGAGCUCGGCCAUGCAACCAAGAGGAACCGUCGUGUCUCAGCGAAAGAUGUCCGAAAUCAAAUCCAUCGAGGGACGCAGGCGGUCCAGUAUACGCAAGUUACACAGCUUGCAAUUAGAAGCACCCAUUACGAAAGUGAUCACCCUCCUCUCUAACGCGAUCAUGGAGCUCGAGAAUCCUGAGACAGCGGCGCAAAUCGAGAAGGCGAUUGAUAUUCUCAAAACUACUGAACUUUACGAGCCAACUGUGAGAGAAGAUGCCGAUCCACUAACGACCGAGUUCGUCGAAGCUCUGCUUUCCUCGCCGAAGAAAGCACGGGAGUCGAGACGAUCGUCGGUCGAAUCGGCGCGAUUUUUCGCUGAGAGGAGUGUCAACGAUGUUCCGAGCUUGCACAUGCAGAUCAAGGGUUUCAAAAACCCCCAGGAGAUCACGGAUGUUCUUGAGAAAUGUCUGGAAUGGGACUUCGACAUAUUCAAGCUGGAGACUUUAACCGAGAGCAGGCCACUACUCUUCCUUGGGAUGACUAUCAUGAACGUGUAUCGCGUACCCGCUAGGCUCGGCUGCGACGAGAAAAUCGUACAAAAAUGGUUGACCAUCAUCGAGAUGAAUUACAAGGUUCGAAACAGCUAUCACAAUUCAACGCACGCUGCGGAUGUACUGCAGGCUACGGCCAGAUUCAUGCAGUCGGAAAGGUUGAAACUGAUCUUGGAACCAUUGGACGAGGUCGCGGCUCUUAUCGCGGCCGCUGCGCACGACAUCGAUCAUCCGGGUAGAUCCAGUCAAUUUCUUUGCAACUCCAACAACAAGCUAGCGAUCCUCUACAACGAUCUGAGCGUCCUUGAAUCACACCACGCAGCACUGACCUUUAAGUUAUCGUUAUCGGACGACAGCGUGAAUAUCUUUCAAAAUUUGGAAAGGGAUUCAUACAAACAAGUUCGUCAAACGAUCAUAGACAUGAUCCUGGCCACCGAGAUGACGAAGCAUUUCGAACAUUUGGCAAAGUUCAUGAAUGUGUGCAGCGCGAGGAUAAUGGACAACCAACACAUGGACGUUUACCCGGACGCGGUGGAUAUGUCAGUUGUGUUGCAGCCAGAAAACGUGGUAUUGGUGAAAAGAAUGAUGAUCAAGUGCGCGGACGUGUCGAAUCCAACUCGACCAUUAAGGUUUUGCAUCGAAUGGGCAAGACGUAUCGCGGAAGAAUAUUUUAAUCAGACCGACGAAGAGAAGAAGUUGAGAUUGCCGGUACUGAUGCCGAUGUUCGACAGAUCAACGUGCUCGAUACCAAAGUCGCAGAUCGGUUUCGUCGAUUUUAUCAUUAACGACAUGAUCGAGGCGUGGGAUGCGUUCAUCGACAUGCCAGAGAUGGUGGGAUACAUGAGGCACAAUUACGAUAAAUGGAAGGAAUACAACGAACGAGGCAUAUCAACUUUACUGGACAUCGACAAGAUACAAGAGCUCCCUGAAUUUCGAAUACGCCAACCUUCGUGACCCAUGGAACUCAAUCCCACUCAUACUCUUUCGUCCGUCCCAAAAUGCAAUAGUUCCACGCAAAUGAUGUGUAAAAUAUUCGUAAUAUUUAAGGUUUAGAGAUAAAUAAUAACAUACGACACGCGUCGUACAGUUGUAAGGUUUUUUUUUUUUUUUUUUAGAAAAUACACGUAAUUCAACAAC